AUGGUUGUAUUAUCAGGAGAUCCUCGAACGGACUUGACAAAUUAUACACAAAUUGGUGAAGGUUCCACUGGUACUGUUGUAACUGCGCAUCAGAUUUCGACUGGAAGGAAAAUUGCUGUAAAAAAGAUGAACAUUUUAAAACAGCAACGAAGGGAAUUGUUAUUUAAUGAGGUUCUAAUUAUGCGUGAUUACGAGCAUCCUAAUGUUGUUGAAAUGUAUGGCUCCUAUUUGGUUGGUGAUGAAUUGUGGGUAUUAAUGGAAUAUAUGGAAGGCGGAGCGCUGACUGACAUUAUCACCCAGAUAAGGAUCGAUGAACCAACUAUAGCAACCAUUUGUGUACAAUGUUUGAAAGCGCUGGAAUAUUUGCAUUCCAAAGGCGUCGUACAUCGUGAUAUUAAAAGUGACUCUAUAUUGCUUACAAAAAAUGGUGUGGCGAAAAUUUCUGAUUUUGGUUUUUGCGGACAAUUAUCAGUUGAUAUACCACAACGACGAAGCCUUGUUGGAACACCAUAUUGGAUGUCGCCAGAGGUAAUAAACAGAUUGCCAUAUGGUACCGAAGCUGAUAUUUGGUCACUAGGAAUAAUGGUCAUCGAAAUGGUUCAGGGAGAACCGCCACUUUUUAAUGUGCAACCUUUGCAAGCAAUGAAAAUAAUUCGUGAUAAUGCACCACCAAAGAUCAAUGAAACUAUGAACGUUUCACCUGAAUUAGCUUCGUUUAUUUCGCAAAUGUUGGUCCGCGAUGUAAAGCAGCGUGCUACUGCAUCUCUACUGUUAAAUCAUGAAUUUUUGAAGAAAGCCGGCGAUCCAUCAAUAAUAUGUUCAGUCAUGAAUAUAAACAAAAAUAAUUGA